AUAAUCUUGGAAGAGAUGUUAUUUAUGAUAAUGAGAUUAGUGAUAGUGAUAUUGAUAAUAGUAAUAAUGAGAAUAGUAAUAGUGAAGUGAGUGAAUUAGACAAUAAUUAUUAUCAAGAAAAUGAAGAGCAACAUAUUAUUCAUAAUUGGUUUUAA